AUGAUACAAUCUGCUAUUGAUAAAAGUCGCACAGGAAAAGAGGCCACUCCAUUAAUAACCUUUGAGGAGACUGACCGUGAAGCACAAGAGGCUGAACAACUCCGCAUCGCGCUGGAACAAAGUCGUGUUGAUGGUUUACGUUCCGUAAACCCUUUUUGGGAAAAAGAGGAUGAACAUGUUGGAGUUUCUGAAAUAGGUGGCCAUUCAAAAACAAGCUCGUCACUAACUUUAGGUGCGGAUGCUGCUCCUUAUAUUAUUGGCGGUGGAUCGCACGGAAGCACUACUGCUAGUGGUAGUGGCUCUACUUCUUUAUUAACAUUCACUGAUGCUCCAAAUUCAAAUAGUGGCAAGAAUGUGACAUUUUCCAAGAGUGUGCAUGGUUGA